AUGCCAAACAGGACCGAAGAACUUGACCGAUUGGUCGACAAAAUAAUCAACUCUCCACAUGGAACAGAAGCCUCGAAGACGUUGGAAGAAAUUGAAAAUAAUCAAUCAUAUAUAUUAAAUGUACAGUUGAAGAAGUUGGUGCGACUUCAUGACGACUCAUUUAAGAACAAGUGUGUUUCGCCUGUUACCUACAUGCUAGAAAAAUACACUCCAUAUAUGGGACAUACCGAAGCAUUACAAAAGGAAGCGGAGCUUGUGGAUAGGGAUCUCCGAAUCAUUGAAAUGACGUACCAACUGAUAAAAAAGAAUCGCAAUUCGAAAUGA